CACAGAGCUCUUGCACUCGUCCGGAAAGAGCCUCUCGAGUUCAGUAUCCUUCGAGUUGCGCUCGCUGCGUCCUAUUUCCGUCUUCUUCUGUGACCUCGCUGUGUGAGGUGGUCAACAAGAUCUGGUCGGAGGUCAAACAUGUCGAGAAAUGUAGGACGUAUGCUGGCCGUUCCGAGAAAGGCCUCGAUACCGUGUCGACCAGCUGCAGUAUCGAGACCAAGACAGCAAUGGAGGUCGCUGUCUGCAAUGGCGCAGGCGCAACCAACUUCCUCACACGACUCUGCGCCAGCUCAGUUUUUUGGGCUCCGAACUGCAUCAACUCGACGUCAGGACCGGAUAGCCAGCCCCGAGGAAUACCUCGAUUCGCUCUUCGAACCUUUGAAGUUCCCAGCAGAACUUGCCGACCGAGCGCUCACACAUGCAAGUCACCCGGACGCAAAGAUUAGGCACAAUGCACGGCUAUCCUUCAUGGGGAGACGAGUCAUGCAGUUCUACUUGUUUGCGCUGCUGGAUUCAUCACCAUCGGUCCGGCAAGACCACGAUUUUGAGCACAUAGCUGAGCGCACGCUCAACACCUACAUCCUGGGAGAACAUGUCGCGCCCGCCUGGUCACUGGGCGAGGCACUCAAGUGGAAUCCCCCGACUACCUCGAUGGACACGAGCGGAGCUUCCUUGAGGGGUGUUGGACUGUACAAGGUACUUGGCGGUGCCGUGGAGGCGAUUGUCGGAGGCGUGAACCAUCAAUUCGGUGGCGUCGUAUCUCAGCGACUCUUCCAUACGCGCGUCCUGCCCCAUCUGCUCUUGCACGGGAAACCGCAGGGCCUGAGCGACGCAUUCCAUGAACACGCUAUGGCGAUUUGCGAGCAGUUUGGGGGACCCAACGGUGAUCUAACAGGCGUCGGUGCGAGGGUUGCGCAAUAAGUACAGUACUUAGUGCUAUCUAAUGUCGUCAGUUGGCUCGGGGCAUUUGCCGGUUUCCAUACUAGAGUUCGUGCUACUGCAGAUAUGUCCCUCGGCGGCCCUGAGUAGGUUCAGCUACGUCCCUGGCCGCCUGGCCCUCCUCGCCUCCCAUCCUUUCUCCCCGAUGCGAAUGACGAGCUCACGCAGACUGGUUCUCAUUUUUGCCUUCACGACUGUGACAUGGAUGUGACGGUACGCGACAGGGACACAGUUCCAAAUACUACUAUUUCAAAUAGUGCAUGCGCUUUUUACCCUGCCGGUCUAGUAAA